AUGCCAGGAUGUGUAUGCAUCGGUUGUGGUCAAAAGUGUUUGAUCCCGUUUUAUCAGCUGAAGGACGGAUUUUUUCAUCCUGACUGUUUUCGAUGUUCUGUUUGCAAUGUAGAUCUUCACAACAAGCCCUAUUUCCUGUUGUCGGGUAAACUUGUUUGCUACGAUGACAUAAAAGCUGCAUGCUGUCGCACAUGUCAGUCAAUCAUCAGAGGAGACCGGAUAAUAACCCAGUUUGGAGACUUUCAUAAGGAAUGCUUUCAGUGUUCAAGGUGUGGUUCUACAUCGGAGGGCGAAAGUUCUUUUGCCAUGAAUGCCGCCUCUCACUCAAACGCAGCAGCCACUCUAGGAAAGUCAAAGCUACGAAUGAAGCGAAAGAUUUGUCAGGCUGUAGAACGGCACGUGGUCACCAGUUCUCGCUGUGAAAGUGCUGCCUAUGGAACGGAUGAUGACGAAAAAGAGGCUAAUUCUACUUCAGAUUCACUGAAAUUGAAACAAGAGGAGCAGAAAAAGGAGUCGCAGAAUGUAGAGUUAGGGGCUUCCUCACCACCACCUAAACCCAAACGCCUGAAGAAGCCAUCGGUUUGUAUACCCAAUCCUUCUACAGGUACUAAUCGAAUGCCUCCAGUUGCAGUGGGCCUCUCUCCAAAGCGUGGAUCUUGUUCACCUCAGUCUCCAUCGUGCUCCGAUCAGGAACUCAGUCAGGCUUACGAGAAAAUCUCAGCUCAGGCCAACGAGCAUCCUGAAUCUGGUGCUUCUACAGCGGAUCAAAACUCGACAAAGCUCUGGGUAGAAGAAAUCGAGGGUCCAAAGGUAAAGUCACGUGAAUCCCAACCAAUCUCCAAACUACCACUUCAAGCUCUCUCCGAACCAAUUUCUCCAAUUUCACCAACACGUUUCGUGCAAGAACCCAGAACAGAUAGAGGCGUUAGAUGGGCAUUCGCGUCGACAAUGCGUUUCGGAGGCACGCUACUGUUGCUCAUCCUCAGCAUCGUUGCAAUCCCUAUUUCGACCCUACUCUGUUUCCAGAACUGGAUGACAAAGCUGGUGCCAGAAGAUCCGAUCAGUCUGCGGUCCCUCGGUAUAGAGAUAAUUGACGACGCCACACGGCCAAAGCCGUCUGACUAA